AUGGAGGUCAUCUACGUGGCGAUCUCGCGGGGCGUGAACGUGCUCGCCGAGUACACGGACCCGCGCCACAGCGGCAACUACGAGACGGUGACGCGCCUCCUCCUGCGGCGCAUCGGCGAGGGCGCGUCGAAGCUCGCGCAGCUGCGCUACGACAGCCACAUCUUCCACUACUCCAUCGUCGAGGGCGUGACCUUCCUCUGCAUGACCGACGAGUCCGCGCGGAGCCGGCUGCCGUUCGCGUUCCUCGACGACGUCGCGGACACGUUCCGCAGCGCCUACGGCGUCGACGAGCCGCUGCGCGCCAUCGCCUUCCAGAUGAACGAGGCCUUCUCGCCCGUGCUCAAGCAGAAGUGCGAGUUCUACGCGACGAACGGCGACGCCGACGUCAUCUCCAGCGUGAAGUCUCGCAUCGACGCGACGCGCGACGUCAUGGUCGAGAACAUCGACCGCAUCCUCGAGCGCGGCGAGAAGAUCGAGCUCCUCGUCGACAAGACGGAGAACAUGCAGCACCAGGCCUUCAAGUUCGAGCGCAGCGCGACGACGCUCAAGCGCGCGAUGUGCUGCAAGCGGUGCAAGCUCUACGCCUUCCUCGCCUUCCUCGCCGUCGUCCUCGCCUACUUCGGCGCGGCGAUGGCCUGCGGGCCCACGCUCGCAAAGUGCGCGGGGAAGAAGAAGUAA